GGUAAGAUUUCGCCUUGAUCUGUGAGACUCGCCUGUGGACGCUUUCCCCGUCAGCACCGGAGAGAUCCCAUGUAACCCCGUGAAAACCAUCUUCUCCUCUGUUCUCGACUGAUCUCAAGAUCUCAAACCUCCAGUUAGCAAUCUGUUGAACACUUAACCAUCUCCCCAUUUUGCUAAAGCAUAAGACUAUGAAGCUCUACAUUUUUACUUUACUUUUGGUCUUUAUCGCGACGGCCGCCUUCGCUGGAGUGGGACCAGAAAAGGCAAUACUGGUCAGCUAUCCUUCAGAUACCCCUUCCUCUGUCAUCGACGCCGCUAUGGAGGCCGUUGAGGACGCAGGCGGAGUAAUCACUCACAAAUUCGAACUGAUCAAGGGUUUCGCCGCAACUGCACCCAUGACGGUCUUCGAUACGCUUUCUACCUUGUCGGACAAACAUCGUCCCUGGAUCGAAGAAGAUCAGAUAGUCACCCUUGACGGAAAACUGACCAGCGGCGGCAAUAAGUUGUAAUUGUCCCAGGGUGAACUGUCGAACGGGAGCCACAUGGUACCUCAUGAUAUACGACCAAAUAUUCCACUCUACACUUGAUUUGUUACCUGGCUAGAAUGGAGGUGCUACCCGCCCUCAUUGCCGAAUGAUCUCUUUUUUUGGUUUUUAGUAAAAUCAGCGAAGAAUGGUAGAAUGCAAUGACGUAUCUGACAUUCUCCUGUGAUGACGCUACGUUGCAAGACAGGUGCACAUACAUACCUUAUUUUAUUUAUUAUUUUUUGCUUUUUUGACCUUGCAUUUCGUUGUAUAUAGCUGCUGUAUUUAAUGGAAAAUGUGCUAGCACAAAUGAUAAGAUACCACUAUCCUUUUUGUCACUACUUGAUAAUUUGAGUGCCGUACGCAUAGUAGAUUAUACUAUUUUAAUUGUCCCUCAUUUUCUAACUUCCCUGGGUCACUAAAAUAAUCACUAUGGAAUUAGUCU